AUGUCGAAUCUUAAAACACUAGAUUCAGUAACAGGUAAACAUGAUAGCUAUGCCUGGGUUUCUACAUUCAACGAACUUUUCGACAGCAAAUAUACAACCUUACAUCAGUUGGCUGGAUGGUUCGACAUUGAAGACUCAGAAAUAUGGGAAAAAUAUGUCUUAGAUAUUGUACAAGAAUAUGUCAAAGAAGGUCAUCAUGUCUUUGAAGCUGGAUUUGAUGGGUCUGAUAGGGCCAUUCAGCACUUACGCCAUGCAGUAGUAAAUGCAAACAAUAAUAACUUUUUUGUGGGUACGAUCCCAGAUGCAUUGUCUGUUAUAGAAUCUGGACAAUACGAUGUCACUAUUUCACAUAGUGUUUUCCAGUACAUGUCAAAACAAAAUGCGUUACUGGCUGUUGACGAAAUGUUACGUAUAACUAAACCUGGAGGUGUAGUUAUCAUUGGUGAUAUAUGCGAUGAAGCGUAUAAGGAAGAUACAGAGUCUGCUAUGAAGCAACAUUGGGGAGAAGAUUAUCAAUCAAAACUUCCAGGAUAUCUCUAUCUAUCUAAAAGUUUUUGGAAAUGUUACGAGGAUAGAUGUGAUGUACUUGUCCGCAACUCAUCUGUAGAAGAAUAUUGGCGCAGAGAGUCUCGGUAUAUCACUUAUUUACGCAAAAGAAUUCAAGUUUGA